CUCUCUCUCUCUUCUGCUUCUCUGUUUCUCUCUCUAAAGUCACAUCAAUUUCUCUCACAUUUCAACCUCCAAAUCCUUCACACAUUCUACAUCCUCAAGAUUGUAACUGAAUAGUUAAGAGAUUUGGUUUUCGAUUAGAUUGUAUAUGGACGACGCUCCGAUUUCAGACGCCGCGGAAUCGAAGAACUCGAGAAGGUUGUUGCAGCAGCCGAAUAAGCGUCGGAAAAUUGCUUCCGAUGUUUGUGCGGAAGGCAGAGAACGGAAGUGGAGGACAGAGGUCGAGCAACAGAUCUACUCUUCAAAGCUCGUGGAAGCGAUCCGGCACGUAAGUCGGCGGCGGUCCUCGGCGCAAGCAGGAUCUCCAAUCAACGGACGAUUAGUUCGCGAAACCGCGGAUUGCGUUCUUGCCGCCGCAGCCAAGGGGAGGACUCGUUGGAGUCGCGCCAUUCUAGCGAGCCGAUUCCGCCAAAGGCUCGCGAGGCGUCGGAGGACGAAGAAAUUGAUCGGCCGUAAACCGUCGCGUAUGGCGGAGACGAAGAGCGAGAAAAACAAGAAGUUGCCGGCAGUGCAGAGGAAGGUGAAAAUUCUCGGCCGGUUAGUUCCAGGUUGCCGUAAAGUCUCAUUCCCGAACCUUCUGGAAGAAACGACCGAUUACAUCUCUGCUUUAGAGAUGCAGGUAAGAGCCAUGGCAGCGUUGGUCGAACUCCUCGCCGGAGCUCAAAGUAACUAACUCGGAAUCUCAAACGAUUCUUGAGAAUGAUAACCGUUUCACAGACUCGGAAAUCGGAAUCGCCGCCGUGGUUUUUUUUUUUCUCCAAUUUAUUUUUUUCCCGGCGGAUAUAUUUCUAUUUGUUUAGAUGUUUCAUGUAUCUUAUUGUAUAUGUUAAAUUAUAAAUUUAUUCCCUCUUUUUUUUUUUU